AUUUUUGUCUCUAACCGCGCUUUUCAAAAUCUGCCAAAAACAUGGUCAAAAUGAGAUUUUAUAUCCAGGCCUAGUUAAGUUGCAUUAUUAGCCAACCGUUGAUCAAUGAAAUAUCUGCAAAAGUUCACAAUUGCAAGUAAUCAGCUAUGGAGGCCGACAAUGCGAGUCACCCAAAAUCCAUCAGCAAGAGCAAGAAGAGCAACGGUCAGUUAAUAGAUCAGAUCCUAGCUGAAGCCAAAGCGCAUCUAACUAAAAAACACAAGCCUUCUUCGGAUAAGUCGCCCUUAACAGCCAACAACAAACCCAAAAGAGCUUCAGUCAACAACGACAACUUAAUCUCUGAGCUGGUGAAUCGAGAACUGGACGGGUUGAGCAAGAAGAGGAAAAGACACUCGAAGGAGCUGAAUGACAGCGUUGCAGUGCUAAAAAAGAUCAAAACUGAGCCAGUUUCCGAAGAUGAACAUAAUCAAAACACUCAAAACGAAACUGCUGACGGGAAAGCUGUUUCUAGCCCGAAAUCGGACAAAAAGGGCAGUUACAGAUCACUUUCUAGAGAACGGGACGAAUUGGAAAGGCUAUUUUCAAGUGCAGCAGCAUCUGUGGUCAACUCCACCAUAAAUCCCUUCGAAAGCUCGCCACACCUCAAACUAACUGAUUUGUCCAUAUCAAGGAUAUUCAAACAGGAAAAACAGUCCAGCUCUGAAGGUGAGAUGCCAACGCCCGAGCCCCAAAGAAAGCAGGUGCCAAUUUUGAGGCCGGUGAAAGAACAAAUCCAGUCAGCAGAUGAAACACCCACCCACACACUGAGCUCAUUCAACAGCCAAAGAACUGUGAAAGACAGUACAAUAUCUACGUCUACAACGGUUCCAUUUGGCCGCUCGGAUUCUUCUAGUUCAGACAAUGAGUCCACAGUCCCAGUAGCUGCACACUCCAGUCCCGUGAAGAAACUGGUUUUAGAGGAUAAGCCGACUAAGCGCCAUAGCGCAGGGAAAUCGAAAUCCGAAAAAUUGCAGAAACGGCCCAACAGCAAACUGCUAACAAUCACUAAAAAGUCCAAUAUGAAUGUAUCGUCCCAUUCACAAGGGAACCCCAAUAGAGCACCGAUUAACCAGCCCGAUAGCAGCUCUGAAGAAGAUGCUUUGCCUCCGCCACCGGUUAAACCCAAAAGGCGCCGCAGUUCUGUCCCCGCGCCGAUUAAAACAAGGGCGUCCGAAGACUCCGCAGAAGAGUUAACUCUUCCGACUCCCAUUCGGAUCAAACAGGAAAAAGCGACACACAAACAACCAGUUCCAGUCCCCAAGCCAAUUAAAACUCGAGCGUCUCCAGCGCCAGACAGCAGCUCUGAAGAUGCAGCUUUACCUAAACCGUUGAAACUGAAACAGGAAAAACCCUUAUCCGUUCCUGUGCAAAUAAAAUCACAGCCGACGUCCGACUCAGAAGGCGACUCUGAAACAUCCACCGUGCCUACGCCUAUGGUAGUCAAGCAGGAAAAAGAGAAGCAAUCUGUUUCCGUUCCCCGGCCUAUUAAGCAAAGAGUGUCUUCGGGCUCAGAAAGCGACUCUGGGGCUCCAGCUUUACCCAAGCCUGUGCCAGUGAAAGAAAGUGCAAAAAAGCCGAAACAGCGCGCUUCAGCGCCUGCAUCUUUAGGCAAAGUUCUAGUAUCGGGCUCGGAGGAUGACUCCGCAGAAUUAGCGAAAAAGAUUGCAGGCGAGCAGCAUAAAGCGAAAAGGCGCAAGUCUCAUUCGUGUAUACUGAUGGAAUCAGCCAAACAAUCUUCGCAAAAAUCAGUAGUGAAGAAACAAAAAUCCCAAUCGGCAAAGAAACAAGUAGCGGCUGCCGCUCCAGUGGAGGCACCGCCUGCUACAGAUUCAGCCAGCGACUCUGAGGAAGAAGAACCAGAAGAACCACGGAAAAAGGAUUGGGAUUUGGGUGGGAAUAGCAAAACGCGCCGAUCUUUACCAGAAAAGAUUACCGAGAAAAAGUCCUUAACGCCGAAUAGAAAAGAGGAAAGCAGCAGUAGCGGUAGUGAUGAUGAGCCGGUGCCCAAAGCAAAUGUUUCGCAACCGGAGGCCAAAGCAAACGGGAAAGACCGAAGAAGACAGGAAGAAACCGAAAGCAGUUCUAGCGAUGCUGCUGGUUCUUCGGAUGAGGCGUCGGAUUCAGGUGCCAGCAGAUCCGAGGAAAAAACGACGAAGUCUUCACCGGUAAAGGGAAAACCGCAGAUCAAUAAUAACACCGCGAGUGAAAGUAGUUCUGAUGAGGAAGCACAAUCAAGCAACUCAUCUCAACGACAAGGGGAAAGUGGUGAAAAUGGGCCGGUGCCCAAAGCAGUUGUUUUACAAACGAAGUUUCUUCAUGUAGCCAAGCCGAAGAGACAGCAGCAGGAAGAGGAAAGCAGUUCCAGUGACGCUGGUUCUUCGAACGAGGCUUCGGAUGCAGACUCAGAGCAAAAACCCGCGUCUCAAUCUCUUCCACUGAAGGGAAAACCACAGCUCAAUAACAAGGAUACCUCGACUGAUAGUAGUUCUGAUGAAGAAGCAGCUUCAAGCCGACCCUCUGAAGCGUCAUCUGAACCAAGGAAAACAUCGCUAACACCCAACAAGGCGAAGAGCGCCAGUAGUAAAGAUUCGCCGGCAUCGAAAUCGCUUCCAGUUAAUGCAGCCAAAGGAAAUAAACGCCGCCAACCAUCCGAAAGCAGCUUAGAGAGUGAUGAGGCUCCACCAAAAAAGCGUUCGAAGCGAGAAAGUUUACCAGAAUCCGCCCCAGAGCCGCCAGUUUCCGCACCAAAACAGCAAAAUUUAAUUGUGGAAACAAAUGGGCUUGCGUCUGAAAGUAGCGAUUCUGAGCAGGAAACGCCCCUGCAAAGUUCAAUUUCGCAAAAGGCAAGUUGGAUAGAGAAUCUGAACAAAAACUUUCCUGGACUGGAGCAGCAACACAUCAAAACCACCCUACCAGAAAACAGUGUGAAAUACUCCCUACUUUUAGUCCCCAAGCACAUCAAUCCUUCCAGCUUGAUCAACCUAAAGUGCUACUUAAACAAGGAGAGCCCAGUCAGUUUGAACAACAUGGCGUAUGUGUUUCAGCCGCUUCCCAAGAAGCCCGAUCCAGUGAUCCUUAGCUUGAAAACACCGAAACUCGUCGAUCUGGAAAGUGUAAUUUAUUUCAAACAGUUUCUGCCCAAACUGCCACUGAAUGAAAUUGAAGUACCCGUAAGAGAGGACGUUUCGUUGCCGAGUGUAACUAAGUCGCGCCAUCCGCUGUUUGGAGUCAGCUAUAAGAAGGAAAUCCGUCUGGAUCACAGCGUGAAGCAAAACCUGCAACAGGCAGUUGAGCGCAAGAAGAAAGUGAUGCGAAAAGCCAAGCGGAAAAGUCAACGAAAAUCUACGUGCGAUGGCGUGGAGGAGAAUGUUUUGAGUAUUUUCAACUCGAUCUCCACUGGCGGCGACAACCUAACGGAUGUGGGCCAGGCAUUUGCUGAUGAAGACGCUGUAGUUGCCAAAGGAUCUAAGAGCAAUACUAAUGUAGAGGCAAAGGAAAAACGUAAAAGUAAACGGGCAGUUAGUGAUGAAGGACUGGUGGAGAAGAAGAAAAAGAAAAAACGGAAGAUUGUGGAUGAAUGAGGUAGACAAUUACUAGCUAAACGAUUUCCAGGUCAAUUCAAUAAGUGGAACAAAAUUGCGACUUGGUUUUCCCACUAUUUCUUCAGUUGAUGGUUUGUUUUUACCGUUGAUUUGUUUUAAGUUCUCUAACGCUGUUUUUACUAGGCGGGAAUUGCAACCCUCCAGCAGCCGACAAAUGUGUUUUAAUGGGAAUUAAUAGUUUUUGUAUGUAAAAGUUACUUUUUAAGUCAUUGAUUUUUCGAGAAUAUAUGUAUUUCUAUCA